GAUCCAUGGUUCUGGGGCCUGACAGCCGACCGCAGACCUCAGCCCUUCGUGACAGUGCAAACGAAGAAAUCAAAUCAGCUCACACUCUUGUCAGUCAUCAAAUACUUACGGCAUCGUGAAACAGAGCUGAAGGUUCACCCGCGCAUACCUCCAGGGAUAUCGCAGAACUCGCUGUGUGCUGUCUCGACACCCAGUAGGGUACAUCGAAAAUGAGUGCAAAAAGCGUUUAUACAAGAAGCGAAAUCAGUAUUUUGCCAAGAACGCCGCUUCGCCUGAAGAUCGCUAGAAGAGCCCCUUACAAACGCGUUGGACAUCAGGCAUGCCCUGCUGAGAAGUGAAGGCGAAAGGGCAACAACUUGAAGGCAAGCAAACGAUUUAGGGAAACAAGCGCCGUUCAGACAUUUGCUCACUUCACCCAACCCUGCCAGCCCUGCACCUGCGCUUGUUAAAGUCAACUGUCACGGUACACCACCCGCCAAACGUCAAUCAGGAAUAGUUAGUACCACACCUGCAUAAAGAAAUAACACAACAACAUCAAAACAAAAAUGUAAUAAUUUUAAAAGCUGAAGCUCCGGGAGAAAUAGUGUGAAUGUUUGCACUUUGAAAAGGCUCUUUAUGAGCUCACGGAAAACUUGCAGAUACAACGUUCAUGGAACGACCACAAGGCAACGUUAGUGAGCCUAAGGAACCCACAAACCCCACAAACAAAGUUGCACGUGACGUGACGUAAGGGUACGAAAGCAGACCUCUAGAUACCGGAGGUCUCCUUAUCUCCUCGACGGGGCAUCUUCAUUGCACACUUGUACGAUGCAUUUAAAGAAGGAAUUCAGGGCUUCCGGACUCUGUGCCACUGGGCACUCAGCGUCGCCAAGAAAGUAAUCGCUACCGAUUUGCAUAAAGGGCGUAGACGAUUUUAAAUUCAACAUCGGUUUACGCUUUCCACGAGACACGACACUUCACGAGGACGUUUCGUUUCGUCGAAGGCUUUCUUGCGAAUAUUUAGACGAAGGCUCUUCAAAGGUCCACAUCGAGAAGACACCGCAAGAACACGAUCUGACAGGGCAGGACAGUCCCGCAUUACUGUCGAAAGAAGCAAGCACUUGCUCAUUUUACAGUAAUAUCCGGGUAUAACUCAUUUUCAAGAUACAAUUUAACAGAUAUUUGUUAGGUUCAAGCAACCGGACAACUAUCGGGUACUGGAGAGAAAACAACAACAUCGCUCCCUACAGGUUCACAGCAAUUGGGACCUCCAAAGCGGACAACUGCCGCAGGCUUCUUCAACGGGGAGACACCCCACGCACACGUUCAACCUGUCAACGCGAAUGACCCAAUCUACCGUUGCAACGGCGCCGCAGAAGAAGACGUCCGAACCGUGAGGACCCCCGGCGAUCGUACACGGGCGGUAGCGACAGCAGGCCGCAGCCGACGUGAGCGGUGCGGCGGCACCGCCGUAAAAGCCGACACAGCAGCCCCAGAAGCAAGAAGAAGGGGGGACUUCCCCGGGAGGGGACUGGGGGGAGGCGCGGCAAAGGCACGUUGCGCGACUCCGCCCUCCAGCGUAGCCCUGCCGAAAAAAGAAGCGGCGAGAGAGGGGGCAACGCGUACUCGUACGGGACGACGCAGUCGAAGCCAUGCCGCCGGGCCCUCGGAGACCCGGGGAAGAAGCUCCGCUGGUCGUCUGACAGGGCCGGCUCGUCGCGGUGCCGAAGGCCGGGCAAGCCCGAUGGAUUACGCGCUGUUGCGGAGGACAGCGGCCAGCCUGGUCGUGGUCGUGCUCAUGGCGCUUCUCCUCCGGACCGCAACGACGGCCAAGGUGUCUGGGGGCGUGAACGGAAUCGGCCACUACAACCACAACAGGAGACGACUUCUAGAUCCUAAAAUGGAGGCUUACCGAGAAUCCAUGGCAAUGCGGUGGCAACUGCUCAUGGAGCCCGCCCGAGUGUGCAAGAAGAAGAAGCUGCUGCGGGGACGGAAAGCCCGCAUCUGCCGCAAAGAGCCCAAGGUGGUCCGCGAGAUCGCCAGGGGAGUGGACCUGGGCAUCCGGGAGUGCCAGAACCAGUUCAGGUUCCACCGAUGGAACUGCUCCACCCAUCGCUCUUCCAUGAAGAAGGUCCUCAUGAAAGACACCAAAGAGGCCGGGUUCGUGGACGCCAUCGUGGCCGCCGGCGUGGUGUACGCCCUGACGGAAGCGUGUGCCCAAGGUCGUCUGCUCGACUGCCAGUGCAGGAGGCGCCACAACUCGGCCGACUCCCUGGGCCGCUCCGGCUGCGACCACUACGUAGACUUCGGCUACCACAAGUCAAGGGACUUCAUGAACCGGAAGCGCGUCGGAGACCUCCGGGCCACCAUACUCUCGCACAACUACGAGGCCGGCAGACAGGCGGUGAGGAUGCACCUGGAGCGCGUGUGCCGCUGCCACGGCAUGUCCGGGACCUGCUCCCUCAAGACCUGCUGGCGCAAGCUGCCCACCUUCAGCAAGGUGGGCCUGCGACUGCGGGACCGCUUCCAGGGUGCCAUACGCGUCACGGCAGGCAACAGCGGCAAGGGCUUCAUCCCAGAAUCGCCCCGCGUCCCAGGAAGGGAGGACAUUGUGUUUUCCGAGCAGUCGCCCGACUACUGCGACCCGGACCGACGUACGGGGUCCCUGGGCACCCGCGGACGCCAGUGUAAGCUCGGUGCUUCGGGACCCGAAGACUGCAGGACGCUGUGCUGCGGCCGGAAGGUUCGCAGUCGGCAGAUGGUGGUGAGCGUGGCGUGCAACUGCACGUUCCAGUACUGCUGCAACGUGACGUGUCAGACAUGCUUCGAGACUCUACAGGAGACCACGUGUUUAUAGAGUGUGCCGUUCGUUCCGUGGACCCUCCUCUUCGACUAGGUCUGUGAUAUUGUGCGCGCUCUAUGGAAGUAGAGGAAUGAUGCUGUACACUUGUGCGUGCGUGGAUGUGUGUGUGUGUGUGUGUGGUAGGGUGGAAUACGUGACACUUUUGCUCGGCUCAACGUCGCUUUUGAACAUGUACUAGGAGAAGUCUAAUGGAGAGCAGGUCUAUUUUCUUCGAAGACACUGCAAAGGACUGUGCGUGGCCAUACAUAAAAGUCAGCUGAUACAUAGUUCAUUUUCUGAGCGCCCUGGCUACCUUAUGAGCGUACGUGACUUGCACACUAUAUUCCACACUCAUUUGGCUGCAAGUAUAUGUGACCACACUUCGAUGCAAAAUGUUGACGAGUAACGUCGUUCUUAAAUUAUUUGCUUGAAAGGAUACCCUAUUGGCAACAGCUUCAGUAACUGGCGAGGGCAUGUUUGCUAGUAACGGGCGAGAAACCAUUCAUGAAAGGCUCCGUUGAAAGUGCAAAACCUUAUUUGCUGUCUGUUGACAAUUUCUCAGCCCAAAAUGUGUGUUGCUAGUAGUAUCUCGAAGGUAUAUUUUAAAAUCGUUUUACAUGUAGCUAAAAACGAUGCUCCUUCGAGAAAGAGCAUUGUAGUAAUAGAUAAUAUUUGUCUAGAUUACAAUAAACAUCAACACCUCGUCGGAUAAACACUAUUUUAGACGUAGGAGUGUAAGCACGUGUUCAUACAGUCUACAGUACUCUUUAAACACUUAUAAGCAACGUAAAGUUCAAUCAUGGGUAAUUAAGUUGCCAAGGAUACUUUUCAAUGAAUGAACAGUUCGGUUCAUUGUGGAGUAGAGCUUUCCGAGCCAUUAGUUAUGACUCAUAACAAACAAACAAAAUGUCGAUGCUCAGUUUAAGAGUCUUUUGGAAGUCACAUGACCAAGCGUCCGAGUGUGCUGCCGCCCUGCUGAACUCUUCUAGCAAUCCGCCAUUCAAUAGACGUGAGACACAUAUCGCAGUGCUUUAUUAGAUGAACUAUGUUUGUUUGUUGUUUUCUUCCUCUGAACUUUUUGUGUUGCAUUCAAUGGUGGACAGAUUGAAUGCUGUUCUUUACAAGAAGACGUUGUGUUACGUUUGUGGUAGGAGUGAAAAAAAACGAGGAAGGACGGUAUGUGUCGUGCUUUGCAUGUGCGCGUGAGUGUUACGUUCUUUCCAAUCUAAUGGCAUUUAAGUCGUAGUAGUCAGAUGUUGGCGUCUGAGACGUAGUUUUUUUGCACAAGAAUCCAAAAGUCCGCUUUGCGUUAUUGUUUUACUAGGAUUAAAUAAUACUGCUGCAACCGGACUAGAAUCCGCUCUAUCGCGGCGUUCGGCAUUGCGGUGGUAGUUCUCCCACAGUGUUCACUCGUGUAUUUUCUGGUUUGUUGUCGUCGCUGCUUAAAGCGCCAAAACAAAAAGGAUUGUUAUUACCUUUAGCUAGCAAUGAUGAACUAUUUCCAAUUUUUAUGCAAAAUAUUUAUAAAUGUUUCAAACAGUGUCUCGCACCUCUUGAAGUCACGUUAAAAGCAAUGAUGACCAAUUCAA